UUGAGUAACAAGUACUAACAAUAUCUUUGGAUAUCACAAACAAUAAGAUUAUAGCCCCGGAAUACAUUUUGUGAUUAUAAUAUUACCAAUAUUACACAAGAUUAUGCAGUCCGGCCUCCGUGGUUUGCUAAUCAGUGUGCUGUGAAUGUAAAAAACCGCAUGCUGAUUGGCGAUCGCUGAAUCACUGUCCACUGAACGGUUUGAACGCUGACGGAGUCUAAUCUCUAUUCUAUUUUUUUUUUUAAUAUUUUUGAAGCCGAGAUCUGAAACUUCAUUCUUGGAAAACAAAAUUUUAGUUCUAGCUUAGUUACAAAAUAGUUUUUCAACCAAAAUGACUUCAAUUUUAAAUUAUCCGUUCCGCAUGUGUAGAUCUAUCUUGAGUACUUCUUUGGCAACGGAAUGUAGGAUAAAUGGUGCUAUAGGCUAUAACAUUCUUCAUCGUAAAGUAUCAGAUGCUGCAGCUGAUAAUGCUAAAGAACCAUUAAAAGAAAGUAAAGAAAAAAUUGAUAUCGAAGCCCUUGUAAAACAAAAUGAAGAUUUAAUUGAGGAAAACAAAAAUUUAACUGAAAAGGUUAGGAGGUAUUUGGCUGAGACAGAAAACAUACGUAAACGUACAAUUAAAGAAACUGCUGACGCUAAAAUUUAUGCAAUUCAAGGAUUUUGUAAAGAUUUACUAGAUGUUGCAGACAGUUUAAGUAAAGCUACAGAAUGUGUACCGAAAGAAGAAGUAUGUGACAGUAAUCCACAUUUGAAACAUUUAUAUGAAGGCUUAGUGACUACUGAAUCACAAUUACAAACAAUUUUCCAGAGACAUGGAUUAAUGUCUAUAAAUCCUUUAAAUGAAAAAUUUGAUCCCAAUUCGCAUAAAGCUUUAUUUGAACAGGUUGUAGAAGGCAAAGAAGGAGGUAUUGUGGUUGUAGUUUCCCAAAUAGGAUAUAAAUUACAUGACCGUAUUGUAAGAGCAGCUGCUGUUGGUAUUAGCAAGGAUCCAAAUCAAUAAAAAUUUGUAGUUUUAAAUUUAAUUAUCUAUUGUUGAAAUUAUUUAGAAUAUAAAUUAAUACAUAGCUUACAAAAUAAAUGAAUAAAUAAUAUGUAAUAUAUAUUUUUUCCAAACAA